AUGGAGGGCGAGACCGGUCGACCCAGCUCCGAAGAGGCUGAAGCCGCCAGCGAGGAUCGCCAGUCUCGUGGCAGAGACGCCAAGCCUUCUUCUGCCAAGCACGAGUGGAAAGUAUACCUAUCUGACGCCAUUGCCUCUCAUCACAGAGCCGUCGUUGCUUUGCAAGAGGAGCCUUACUGCUGGGAAAGUAUCCUCACACACCUGACUCACGGGACUCACUGCUUGGAAAGUCUCGAGAAGGGCUAUAAUAAAUGUCACAAUGAGCUUCGGCAAGAAGAGGCAACCUUGCGCUCUGGCCGAAAAGACAUGAAGGACCGGUGGGAAUCCUUCGUUGGACUCAUGCGCGAAAUUAAAGAAGGUCUGCGGUGGCUGGAAGAUCCGGAAGAUCCUUCCACAAGGGUGGAGAACUUGGAGGACACGCAACAAUUUGGUUCCCUUUUGCAGCAGCGAAUUCUUGGGUUGAUGGCGCAGCGCGACGAAUUCUCACAGAGCAAUGCCAACCAUCUCAGGAAGAUCUCGGAACUCGAAGAUACAAUAACUCGGUUGAAGAAUGAGAGAGACAACGCCUUGCGGACUAUCGGUGACCUCGAAGUCCAAGUCGAAACUCUACACAAAGAAAAUAUCGAGAAAGGCCAAACUAUAACUUCGGUAGAAAGAAUGCGAGAUGAGCGUUUAAAGCUCAACGACGACUAUUUCCCUGAUAUCAUGCAACCCAAGACAAGCGUCGACUCUCUAGUACAGGAAAUUCGUGCCGAAAAGGAGCGUUAUGCACGGGUGAAGCGGGAGAAAGACAAAGUCACAAAAGGGAAACAAGACGUCCAGGGACCUCUUGUCAGCCUUUCAAAAGAGAAACAAGAAGUCUCUAGAGGUCAAGAUCUCCCCUCCAAAGACAACGACGAGCUUGGGAAGGCUCUUUUAAAGCCGACAGACCUUGGGCUGCUUGUAGAGUGGGUUUUGAAAGGGCACUGUGGCCUUGAUGAGACAAGUGAGUGUAUUUCGAAAGAGAGAGCCGACUUCAUGGAAGGGAGGGAUAAAUUUGCAGAAGGAAUUGAUAAGCUCUCACAAGAGACGGGUCAUUUUGGAAAAGCCUAUAACAAAGCCGUCGACACGAAUGCGCUGAGAGAGGAGGCUUCACAAAGAGAUUUAGAGGACGCAUGGCAGGAGAAAGACGCCAAGUCAAGGCAUUGUCUUGAGAUUGAGGAAAGAUUAGAGGGCUUAUCAGAAGACUGUUCUCGUGGCAAAGAAAGUUUGGUCACGCUGGAGGAGACCUGUCGGGCGACGACGAACCACCUGCAAGGUAAGAUCACUGAGCUGAACGACCAGUUCGGGAGGAGAACUGGUGAAUAUAAGGAGGAGCGAAAACUGAAUGUGCAACUGCGCGACGAUUGUUCGCGGUUGGCCAAAUUGGCAGCCCGUUACCACACUCUUUUGAACCAGCGUUCAAUUCUGAUACACCAGGAACGGACUCGCGCGGACAACGCUGAGCUCGAGGCUCAGCAAGCCACCAACGCCCUACAGGAGCUGAAGGACGAGAUGGAGGACAUGCGGAAACAAGCUGACCAGGCUAGAGCCGAUAUGGCAGCGGAUUUCGCGGAGCGUCAAAAAGAUUGCGAGGAUUUCCAGCAAUCCAAGAUCGAUCACAUUCGCUAUCUGGAGGGGCAAUUGAAUGCCUGCAAGUCGUUCGCCGCCCAAUCCAGUAUGCCCGAGGUUCGGCUCAGUACGGGUGGCAUGUCCCCAUCUCUGGCAACCAGUCCUGUGGGAGGAACCCAUGUCCAGAGAAGUUACAGCCCUCUACCAUCCGGAGUGGGUUUGUAUUACUCUCAAGACCGUCAGGACCAGUGGCAGCCCCAGAGCAAGCAAACUCCAACAGAGCCGGAGUAUCAAGAACCUUUCCAGAUUCCGGACCUACAAAUCAGCCUACAGCCGGUGGACCAAGCCCAUAAACCGCUUGCUCCUAUACAACUCCAACCGCAGCCACCCGGCAUUUCUUCGACAAGAUUGAUGACUCCUAAUAAUGCCACAAACCUGUGCCCUGCCACGCAAACUCUACAAUCAGCCAGACCAGUCAUGGCAGGACUUAUUGCGGCAGACGACCCGGCUUCUCCAACCGUUGCGGCACAGACUCAUCCGCUGGGCAGGCCGCCCAAGAGGAGAGCCGACCCUGCUGAGUACAGUGGCAAUCCGUUGCCUGCUCUAAAAAGGCACAAAGGAUGUUCACAAUAG